AAAAUGUCUGACGAUGCUGGUGACACCUCAGCCAUUAGAGACAAAGCAGAAAUUGCCAAGAUGCCCGAGAGUGAGUUUUCACCCAAAGACACAGAAGCGCGCUGUGAUUCAGCUAUGAUUUCAACUGAGCCAACAGCAGCUGACGCCAGAGGAGAUGGGCAUGAAAAUGCCACCGUCCAGGGUGCAGAGACUACUGACACCGGGCAUCUUGAGCAGCCCCAACACACCAGUGCCACGGAGCCCCCCCUCAAUGGAGAAGUGACUGAGGAUGCACUUGCUGAAUGCAUUGACUCCGUCAGCCUCGAGGCAGAACUUGGAUCUGAAAUACCCCUGAAAGAACAGACUAAUCCGGUUGUGGAUUUGCCUUCCAGUGGAGGGGGAUGGGCAGGCUGGGGCUCCUGGGGCAAAUCUCUGCUCUCAUCAGCAUCUGCUACAGUAGGCCAUGGAUUGACAGCAGUCAAGGAAAAAGCAGGGGCCACCCUGCGGAUUCAUAGUGUAAAUUCCAGCUCUCCUGAAGGGGCCCAACCUGAUGCUGAAAAUGGAGUGCCUCAGAAUGUGGCCACAGAUCAGAGCCCUGCAGAAAGCCCACCCACUUCUCCUGCAUCCGGGUCUCGGGGCAUGCUGUCAACCAUCACCAACGUCGUUCAAAACACAGGUAAAAGUGUCUUAACGGGUGGUCUUGAUGCUCUGGAAUUCAUCGGUAAGAAAACCAUGAAUGUCCUUGCAGAGAGUGACCCAGGCUUUAAGCGGACCAAGACACUCAUGGAGAGAACCGUUUCCUUAUCACAGAUGUUAAGGGAAGCCAAGGAGAAAGAGAAGGAGAGACUGGCCCAGCAGCUGACGGCCGAGAGGACUGCCCACUAUGGGAUGCUGUUUGAUGAAUAUCAAGGUUUGUCGCACCUGGAAGCUCUGGAAAUUCUAUCCAAUGAAAGCGAAAGCAAGGUUCAGUCAUUUUUAGCAUCACUCAAUGGAGAGAAGCUGGAACUCUUAAAAAACGACCUAAUUUCCAUUAAAGACAUCUUCGCAGCCAAAGAAUUCGAGAAUGAAGAGAAUCAAGAAGAACAAGCCUUAGAAGAAAAGGGAGAAGAAUUUGCUAGCAUGCUUACGGAACUUCUCUUUGAAUUACAUGUUGCAGCCACGCCUGACAAACUCAAUAAGGCCAUGAAGAAAGCUUAUGACUGGGUAGAAGAAGAUCAGACUACAAUGUCCAUAAAUAUGGUGGAAGAGUUGGAGGAGAACACUACAGAGGAAGAAAAGGAAGAGAAAUCAGAAAAUCCCGAAGAAGACAAAAAGGAAGAAAGGAGAACUAAGACAGUUGAGGAAGUAUAUAUGCUGUCCAUCGAAAGUCUGGCAGAAGUAACAGCACGCUGUAUUGAGCAGCUUCACAAAGUAGCAGAAUUAAUUCUUCAUGGGCAAGAAGAGGAAAAACCAGCUCAGGACCAAGCAAGAGUUCUGAUAAAAUUAACUACUGCGAUGUGUAAAGAAGUGGCCUCCUUAUCAAAGAAGUUUACGAAUUCUUUAACCACUGUUGGGAGUGACAAGAAGGCUGAGGUCCUUAACCCCAUGAUCAAUAGUGUCUUGUUAGAGGGCUGCAACAGCACCACGUACAUCCAGGACGCCCUCCAGCUGCUGCUGCCUGUGCUGCAGGUUUCACGUAUCCGGACGGGUUGUUCAGAAGCUCAGCCGGAACCUGGCCAGACUCCGUCUGGUUAAAGAGGAGGGCAGGCCACAUUGCUUUGAUAAUACCAUUUCCGGGGAUGUUUUCUACACAUCUGGCCCCAGACGCCCCUUGGAGGACUCUACAGGCAAUUUUGCAUGGACAGUCUGGAGAAUGCAAGUUGAGAGAGAGUAUCCUGUCUCUUAAUGUAUAUGGUGGUUUUACAAAUAGUUGUGUUUUCUUUAUGUUAAUUUAAAUUUACAUGGCUUUAUACUGAUAAUUGCCUUUCAUUUGAAGUUCAUUCACCAAUAUUCAUUUCCAUUUUCCUGGCCAAGCAUGCUAUAUUUAGAAAUUCAUGGGCAGAUCCAAGACUUUUUUUUAAUCCUUUAAUUUCCCACCUUUAAGUCCCCAUUCUUUAUAGUAUUACUUUAAGUCAAUUCUUAUACUGAACUUGGUUUUGUUAUAUAAAUAUCAUAGGCAAAGAUAACACUACUUAUAGAUAGUACCUAUUAUGGUAAAAGAGAAACGUAAGUAUUUCUUUAUAGUAACUCAUUCUGAAAAGAAGCUUUCAUCGAGCUUCUACUGUGUGCUCACAAUAAAGGAACAUGAUCUCAACCCAGUAAAGACAGUCAUUCUAAGUAAUCUCUACACCCAA